AUGACGCGCAAAGUAAUCCGAUCCAUCUUCCAGCUUGCUGGAGCGACUGUGGUCGCCUUUUGCUUCGUCGUCUUCCUCGAUCGUAACUUCAGGGUGCUUCCCAAGUCCAUCCACAACUACAUGCCCCAACACAACCAUGGCAUGAUCGUCACCGACAUUACACUUGCCCAGUGCUCCAGUGUCAACCCCUUCGCCUCUUGCAAGCUGAAUCCCAAAGUCUGGCAGCGUGUUGAGAAGGACCUCUACCUCGGAAAGACUUGGACAUCACACGCGUACCUACACGUUGCGCGCAAGAAGGAGGAGGAGCUGUUGCCCGAUGAUCGCAUUGUGCUCGACGUCUCCGUCGGCCGACUCAACCCCACCAGCACCGGCACCAAGGGUGACGAUCCCGAGCUCUGGGAGUCUCGUCCUGGCGGCCUCUGGGUGAAGCGGACCCCGAACCACAAGCUCGGCGACUCCAAGGAUACCAUCACUGCCGUCGACGUCCUCUUUGGCGAUGAUGCCGUCGAGGCACGUGACGGCUGGUCAAUCGCUGGCAAAACCCCCUUUCUUCUCGGAAUCAGCAGCGACACGCCCGUCUCCCAUCUCACCGUUCGCCGAGGCCCGGCCAAAGAUCCCAUCAAGCCCAAACCUCGAAUUCCCGACAAUGGCAAGUUCAAGAUUAUGCAGCUGGCCGACCUUCACUUGAGCACCGGUGUCGGCAAAUGCCGCGAUGCGGUCCCCGAUAGUUACAACGGUGGUCCUUGCGAGGCUGACCCGAGAACGCUUGAUUUCGUGACAAGGAUUAUCGACGAGGAGAAGCCAAACCUGGUGGUCUUGAGUGGCGACCAGGUGAAUGGUGAAACGGCGCCUGAUGCCCAGUCCGCAAUCUUCAAAUUUGCACAAAUCCUGGUCAAGCGCAAAAUCCCCUACGUCGCCAUCUUCGGCAACCACGACGAUGAAGGCUCGCUGCCAAGGGCCACACAGAUGGCUAUCAUGGAAGGCCUGCCGUACUCCCUCUCGAUAGCCGGUCCGGAGGAGGUUGACGGCGUUGGCAACUACUACAUCGAGAUUCUGGCCCGCGGCAGCUCAGACCACUCAGCCUUGACUAUCUACAUGUUGGAUUCACACUCGUAUUCGCCCAACGAGCGUACGUAUCAUGGCUAUGACUGGAUUAAGCCGAGCCAGAUCACCUGGUUCAAGAACACAGCAUCCAACCUUGAGAAGAAGCACAAGGAGUACACGCAUACGCACAUGGAUCUUGCUUUCAUCCAUAUUCCCCUGCCUGAGUACCGAGAACGCGACAACCAGUACGUCGGCGAGUGGAAGGAGGGCGUUACGGCACCCCACUUCAACUCGGGUUUCCGGGAUGCUCUCGUUGAGAAGGGAAUCGUCAUGGUCAGCGCCGGACAUGACCACGUAAACGAUUAUUGCGCCAUUUCCAAGGACGCGAACAAGAAGCCAGCACUUUGGAUGUGCUACGGCGGCGGCGUCGGGUUCGGCGGUUAUGCCGGUUAUGGCGGCUACCAUCGCCGCGUGCGGAUCUUUGACGUUGACACCAACCAAGGACGCAUCAAGACAUGGAAGAGGCUUGAGUACGGCGACAUUGAGAAACGGAUCGAUGAGCAGCUUAUCGUCGACCACGGCAAGGCUGUCUUGCCUUCGACGCCAUAA